AUGGCCACUGCCAUGCGAAAAUGUUCAAAGGAGGCUCUCAAGGAUCUUGUGCGACUACCGUUCUUUGCCGACAUCUCAAAGGAUACCUUUAUUCAUUGGCCAAAGCGGUGGCGCAUGUAUCCACACCAACAGCUCGCUAGAUGCUACCAGCAACAAGACACCCCUUGGAGUAUGGAGAGUUUGUUUGGUGUCGGAUGGGAGAAAAAUCA